UUUUCCAUUAAAAGCUAUCCAGCGUUCUGAAGUCAAGUACUAGUUUUAGGCGGAGUGUACAUCCGAGAAUCGCUGAACGCCAAAAAGAACACGAUGUACUCCAUCUAUUUGGAUGACCUACUGGAGGUGUUGGACUUAAAACGCGUCGUCAUGAAGAUCGACGUAGAGAGACACGAGGCCAAGAUUCUGGAAAAGGCUGACGAAUUCUUCAAGAAAGUAGACGUCACAUGUGUUAUGAUGGAAUGGGAACGCCAUCCCAGAAACCCGGAUGCAUAUCAAAUGAUGGUCUUCAUGGCCAGACAUCAUAUGCUGGGAUUUGACCCCCAGGACUUCAGCAAGUCGCUAGAUGCUUUCACCUUCGCCAAAUGGCCCCGAAACAUCAUGUGGCGUAAGGUUCGCGACUAUGGACCAUGGACAAACUAGAUAUGAAAUUAAUAGUGUGUUUGUGAGUGGGCGUACUGGAAUAUAUAUCUUUCCUAUUUUCUCAAUGGACCGAGAACCAUUUUGUUUUCGUUGUUGUUGUUUUUUUCCUUUUUUAAUUUGGAUAAAUAGUUUACCACACUGCUUACCUUAUACUAUAAAAUCUGCACAUAGCACAGAUUCCUGUAAAUGUAAAUAUCCCAACCUCAGUGACAUAGUGAGAUCAUCUGCCUGAAGCGAUACCACACGAUACGGGUGUCUCGUACGAUAAUAGUGCCGAUAGUAACCAGGCAACAUUACGAUUUCACUGGUUGCUAUGCAAUCAGCUAUUCUCGUGCUAGGCAUUCGUAUUGUCUGGCGUCGCCUUUAGGAAUGCGUGAAUGAAUGAAUGUUUAACGACACCCUAGCACGAUAAAUACAUCGGCUAUUUGGUGUUCAUUUUUAAGAUGCGUUGCCUCUUUUGUGGCAAUUAAUAAGCUGACUGCAAUUCAUUUUAUUUCAGACAUAUUAAAAGAAGACCUAUUUUGAAAUUAUUUAUAAGAGCUAUGUUUUUCAUGUUUGUUAUUGCCAUGUACUACUCUAGUAUAUGCUGAUGUAUCAUAAUUAUGUAUCGACAUUUUAUAAGACCGUGAUAACCAUUAUUUUGAUCAGUUGUUGGUAUAUGGUCUGUUAUCAUGUACAUAAUAAAUAUGUUAAUACAG